AUGUCCAUAGGAGCCAUCUCUGGUUAUCAGUUCACUGAUGUCGACAAUCCACCAUCUGAGAAAGAACGUCAUCACUUUCGUAAGAAAUUUCAUCGUAACAAGGAAACAGAUGAAACUGUUUCAAGAACUUUCAUUCCAGAUACAUUAGAACCCAAAGUAAAUGUCCUAUCUCAUUGUUACAUGUUCAAAAUCUUUGGUUGGAAUACAUGGCUAAUUGUCAUUGGAUGUAUUGGUGCGAUGGGAUAUGGUGUCAUUCCAGUCAUUUGUCAGUACCUUCUGGGAUCUCUUAUUGAUACAUUUGCUUCACCAACAGUGACUAGUGAAAGUGCUGGAAGAGCUGUAAACAAAUUGAGUCUUCAAUUGUUAAUUCUAGCAAUUAGUGGUGCCAUUGCCUUUGCUAUUCAUCACUGUUUCAUGCAAUUGGCCAAUGCAAGACUUGGUACUGCAAUGAGAAAAGCUUACUUGGGUUCAUUAUCCAAACAAGAAAUGAAUUAUUUCGACAUUAAGAAAAUUGGAUCAUUGACAGUUGUGUUGAGCGAAGAUAUUCCAAAAAUUCAAGAUGUUUAUACGAAUGAAUUUUUUGCAUUCAUGCAAGAGAUUAUUCAGUUUGUGGUUGGCUUUAUUCUUUCAUUGACUGUGAAUUAUCAAAUGGCUUUGAUUUUAUUUUCAACUGCUCCCUUGACAUUUUUUCUACAUACCAUUCUCUCAACUAUUGCCACCCUUCUUACAAGGAAAAUCAACAAGUGCACUGAUAAUUCAGCUGCCGCUGCCAAUGAAAUUUGUUCCUGCAUGAAAACUAUUCGAAGCAUGGCUUCAGAAGAAAAGGAAGCAAAGAAAUUUAGUAGGGAUUUGAGAAAGAUUGAUACUUUGGGUUUUUAUAUGGGAAUUAAUUAUGCUACAUUUCUUGGAAUAUCUGUUUUUGUAACAUGGGCAACUAUUUCACUUGGUUUUUGGUACGGUGGACAUCAAAUUGUUGAUCAAAAGUCAACUAUUGGUUCUAUUUUUAAAGUAUUUGGAAUGAUGUUUCUUGGAAUUGUUGCUCUUAUUCGUUCUGCAACUUUCUUUCCCAGAUAUGGUAAAGCAUAUGCUUCAGAAACUACUCUUCUAAAGGUACUAUUAAGAAAACCUGCCAUUCCAUUCAAAGGUGGACAAAAACUUGAUAAAGUUGAAGGUGAAAUUGUACUAAAGGAUGUUGAAUUUGCCUAUCCUUCUCGACCAAACAUUAAUGUCAUGCAAGAAUUCAAUCUACACAUCAAAUCUGGACAAACUAUUGCCUUGGUAGGACCAUCAGGUUCUGGAAAAUCAACUAUUGUUGGUUUAUUAGAAAGAUUCUAUACUCCAAAUAAGGGAAAUAUCACAAUUGACGGUGUUGACGUUUCAGAAUUGGACCCAAUGUGGCUUCACCGUCAUUGUUUAGGAAUUGUAUCUCAAGAACCUGUUCUCUUUGCUGGAUCCAUCAAAUAUAACAUUGCCUAUGCAUUACUCGGACCUGACGAAGACAUGAAUAGGUUUACAUCAGUUUCCAUGGAACAAAUCGAAAGUGUAGCCAAGAGAGCAAACGCACACAACUUUAUUAUGGAACUGCCCGAUAAAUAUGACACUCUAUUGGGUGAGAAGGGAGUUUCUCUUUCGGGAGGUCAGAAACAGAGAAUUGCCAUUGCACGAGCUCUACUGCAAGAUCCCAAAAUUUUACUUUUGGACGAAGCAACUUCUGCACUUGAUACAGAAUCUGAAAGAUUAGUCCAAACAGCCCUUGAUGAAUUGAUGAAAGGCAGAACGAGCAUUUGUAUUGCUCACAGGUUGACUACCAUUGUGAAUGCAGAUAUGAUUUGUGUGUUGGUGAGGGGAAAAAUUGUUGAGAAGGGUACACAUCAAGAAUUAAUUCAAAUUAAGGAUGGUGUGUAUAGAAAUUUAGCUCAAAAGCAAAUGAUGAUUGGAUCACAAACUGAUGAAGAACAAGAAGGAAUUUCAAGAGUAGAAAAUAUUGGAGAUGACAACGAUGAGUAA